AUGAACAAAGAAAUAUUAAUCGAUGUCGGCUCUCAGUUGGCACAUUUACGAAUGUAUCCAGUUUUUGACGUUUGUCAUUAUCUAUUAACAGCAUUGCUAGUUCGAGAUGAUAUACAACAGCAUCAACCAGCUACACAAAAUUUUACACGUCGUCAUCCAUUAUCAUGUUGGUUAUCAACAAUGUUACUAAGUUUUGCUGGUUCAAUUUUAUCUAAUUUUUUACUUGGUGAAAGUCCUAUAAAAGAUUUUGCUCAUCAUCAACAUCUUUUACUCGCAACUAUAUGUUGGUAUCUUGUAUUUUAUUCACCAUUUGAUAUUAUAACACGUUUAUUACGAUUUGUACCUAUACGAAUUAUUGUUGGUGUUGCAAAAGAAAUUCAACGAACAAAAAAAGUUUUCGAUGGAGUUCAUUCAACACUAGCGAUCUAUCCCGAUGGUUAUCUUAUUGUUGUUCUUAUUGGAGCUAUUAAAGGUUGUGGUGGAUCAAUUAUAUCAUCAAUUGAUCGAUUUAUUCGUGGUGUUUGGUUACCUACACAAACAGAGUUUCUUUUUCCAUCUUUUGCAACAAAAGCAUGUUUUAUUUCUGCAAUAGUAUUCUUAUUAGAAUAUCUUCAAUUAAUUCAAUUUGAACGUGAAUUAGUUUAUUUAUGUGUUGCUUCAAUGUUUAUAUAUGUACGCAUAAUAACUAUAUUUUUUAAGCAAUAUGAUCCUUUAAUGCCAUUUGAAAAUCUUUCAUCGGGUAUAUUAUUUAAUAGUUGGUCAGAAACAAUUUCUGAUGCAUAUCGAAGAGCAACUGCUUCUUCGACAAUCCCAGGUGCAAUUAAUGCAUCAACUCAACCACAAGCAACAGUAAUACCGGCUGCUCUUACGCCACUUACUGCUACAACAACAAUGAUUAGUUCAAAAAAAGAAACAAAUAAUAAUGAUGGACAAGUGAAAAGCCUUGACGUUAAAAAACGAGAUUAA